CGACGACUGAUGAGCUCCCGACUCCCGUCCUACAGAAGUGGAAAAACCUCCCCCCGACUAGGGCAUCCCAACAUUCCCAGUGCGUUCAUUCGAUUUACUGUGCGCCUUUGCAUUGUCGCUCUCACGGCGCAUCCGUCCGAGUUGUUCGUUGAGACGCAAGGACCGAGGGAAAUGUCUAGAAUUGUUCAGAACGCAGUAAUGCCAUUCCUUCACUGGGGCAAAAGACCGACUUGCUGAAGUCUUCGAACGCGGAACUGGUCCAUCACUCUCAGGUGGAUUGCCGAGGUGCGCAUUUCGGCAUCGCUGUCCUGCUCGCAUUUGAACAGUGCGUCUCCGAGUGGUUUAUGUACCGGCUAAAGUCCGUUUGGGAAGGGGAGAUUUGUGAAGUGAGAGUAGCAAGGACCUUCCUCGCAUACACGUCCUUUAGUGUGUUCAGUGUCUCUUCCGCAUUUCACUCCAGUCGGUGUGCUUGCUCGUCGGUGAUUUCUGUGCAAUCGACUUCGUCCCUUGUUGGUGGACGGCUGUUUUUGUUUUGGCUGCCGUGCGGUGUCCUUCGCAAGGCGAGUGAACUUCUAGUGGGUGGUAAUGAAGGACGGGUGUGACGAGGUGGACCUUAAAGUAUACGUCAGGGGGUCGCGUUCGUGUUAGAAGGCCGGUCGCCGUACGGUCGAUCGGUUUUUGGCCGCGUAUCGAUUUUUUAUUUUGUGUGUACAUUCUUUCACCCCCUAGGCCCAGGCGGCGCAUCCACCACCACCCCCGCCGCAGCUUCAAAAGGACUCGGCUUUCUGCUGUAUUUCCGUGUGUUUGGUGUAUGUGAAUGGCUAAAGUUUUGUGGCCGCAGUAAGAAUGGUCGUUAUGCACUAGGGUAUCUAGUCGACGAACUCCCCCGCAACCAAACGGUUCGAAUAGACAAAUAACGCGGAAACGCGGGUGGACGCGCGGCAUUCUCGGGAAUUUUAAAUAGUUUUCCAUGAAAAAAAAAAUUGGUUUAAUGAAAAAUGUUGGGAUGCGGGUCGAAAUUAAAUGCCACCCCUCGAUGCAAUGCCAUGCAGUUACCUGCGGGUGGAUAAUUUAUUCUGUUAAUCCUAAUUAAUGUCCGUUCGUGGUCCUUGUGUACACUCGUGUGGUUCCAUCGUGGACGCGAUUAGACAAAAAUAGUUUGUUCUCCUUUCCAUGCUGGAAGUUCCUCCGACGUACAUUAAAGGCGGUGACUGCCUAUUAACUCGAGCAGGGGUUUUCCGUGAUAUGAAAGUGCAGUAUUGGAUGUUAGUGUAAUUUGUUCGACCAUUUCCUGAAAACAUAUUUUCCUGCUUUCCCCGAUGCCUAGAUUCUUCCCGUGAUAGGAUCUAAGAAAUUGCCGGCAGCAUAUGGAGAAUAUAGUUUUCUAAGUGCAGUGAAAAUUUGCAUUUUACGUGAGGUGAAUGUGUACCGACUGACUCUAAUCCUGCUCACUAAUUACUUAAUGGAUUGCUUCGGCGGAGGAAUGGAUAAAAUGCGCAAUAGACGAACAGAAUGAUUUAGAUCAGAUACAACUAGGAGAAUUUUUACUACAGGACAUAUCUAGAACAUAAUCAAAGCAACUGAAAGAACUGUAAAGCGAUUUUUAACAAGAUUUCGAAGCACGAAUAAGUCUGAACAAAGGAAUUUUUAAAUCGAUUUUUGAACAAAUUAGUCAGAAAAGGACGUGAGUCGUUUGAAAAGUGGAUUCAAAUCUCAAAUGGCAAACCGGUGGAUAUAUCAAAAACAGCGAAAUGGAGAACAUAACGAGCAAUAUCGACUACAAGCAAUAACAAAACGAACUGAGCGAUAUCACAUGAAAUCGUGGACUGACCAAUCAAUACUGUCCUCUGAAUUCAUAUAAUGAAUGAAUCUAUUUGAAAUUGAAUAUCGAAAGCAUAUGCAAAGCAACUAGACUGCCAUCUAAUCAAUUAGGCUAGAAUUGCUCUAUCGAAUAAGUAGAAAAAAAAAUCAACGCCAAAAUAUGUAGCGUUUCGCAUGAAAACUAUCAUCAUCGCAUCCAACAUUCAAUUAUUUCCAGUACAAAUAAUUGAAAUUAAAAUUGGACAUACAAAUGGGAAUCCGUCGAAUUGGAAUUCCGAUAAGCGAAAAAUAUAUCGAAAAUUAAAAGCUCUUCAUAAAAUACUUUUAAUCAUAUCAAAAUGUCAAUAACUGGAUCCCUGGUCGGCUAUGAAAACAACAACGAAAUCACAAUCACGAAAAAGACUCACACAUCAUCAUCCACAGCAAUAGCCUCGACGAAUCGUUCAUUGCUCAACAUCACCACGACCUCGGGCGGCUCAAUAACAAAACCAUGUCCUAGCCUGAAUUCAAGCAUUAGCAAUUCGAUUAUAACAACGGCCAGUAGCAAUUUGAGUGCAGGACAUCAUCAACAUCAUCAGCAUCAACAAAAUGCCAAAAACCAAAACAUGUCCAAUCGGAAGAGUCAACAGAAACAACAGCAACAGCAUAAAUCCUACCAUCAAAAGCAAUUGGAAGGACACCAUCGCGCAGGUGGUGGCGGUAUAGGUGGUGGACAGAAUCAGGAUGGUGGCGUAGCCGUCAGUCAUUUGCACUUGAAUUCGUUAUGGUCAAUUUGGUAUGGAAUCCUAGUCACCCUCUUUCAGGGAUAUUUAGCUGUACAUGGCGCCUAUCGAUUUCUAGGUUGCUCACUAGUCCAAUGGAAAAUAGAGCCAAUAAUCGAGCUCAACAUACAAAUAGUAAUAUGCGGAGUCGUUUUCAUUUUGCUGCCACUAUUCUUCGCCUCGGCCGUGUUCAAGGUGGGAAACUUAGCCAACGAUGGAAUCAAGCUUGGCACUAUGGCGCAUAGUAGAUGUUCAAUUUCACCACAUGAUGGAUUGGAAGAGGAAGCCAAAGGUGGUACAGUACGUGCCCUGUGGACGCAUGGCGGGCCUACAGCGGCUUUUGUUCACAUUGUCAUUGCAUUGUGCCUACUCCUGCCCAGAUUGCUGUUGGAGGCGCGCAUCAUUGAAAAUGGAUUGCUGCCAAGAGAAAAUAUCUGGCGAAAUGAAUUGGAUUUUCUCGGAUCGAAUCGAGAACGAUUAGUGGUGAUGUCCUUCACAACAUCUCCUUACCAGAAUCGAACCUUCGGUGGAAACGAUACAAACUACUAUUGGGACGAUGACAACAGCACUUCACAUUUGCCACAAAAGAAUAUUGGGCACGUGUAUAAAUUCUACCCCAAAUUACCAGUCUUUGAAUCGGAAGCAGUGGAACAAUUUGCCCCGGAUAAUAGCGAGAUUAUGGACUCUCAUGAAAACCUAGAAAUGGAGCCAACAAGUAGUUCAGCGACUCCGAUGAAAAUAGUCAAACAUUCGAAAACAACAGCGACGACACCCAAGAUCACACCAAGUAUUUCCACGACAAGGACAGCCAAGUCCAUUCGCAACGAAUCAAGGAAGAAUGGCAGCAGAAGUCACCGAAAACAACCUCACAAGUCCAAUAAAUCUAGUGAAGAAAAACGAUCCCACUACAAACUAGAAGAUGUCAACAGAAGUCUAGAACUAAAGUCUGAAAAAUUCGAUUUUAACAACUUCAAGGAUAUCGAACUCUCCACAGUUUUCGAGAGUACAUCACAUUCGAAAUCACACCGAACAACACCAUCAACAAAAAAACAUACCAGCAGUCUUGCAUCAAAAGCAACACUUGCGCCUAAAACCACCCCCACUGAACCUACAAUGGUUCGUCGAUACACUCAAACGACAACCACAAGACUAACCAGCUUACCUGAUAGUGACAUACACAUUGUGAAACCAGAAAGACUGCCGGAGAUCAUCCCCUCCACACCGAUUGCAACAAACUCGAAAAUUAUCGAAAUCAAACCGAAAAAAGUUCAGAAACGAACAAUCAUGGACGACUCGGCUGACGAGGAUGCUGUCAUAGUUGAAAUUCUCCCAGAAGCCCUUAUUGGGGCUGUCCAGGCGAAUCUGUCCUCGUAUUCGCUAGUCAAAUUGGACGGUUUCUCAGGAGUUUUGCAGCGAUUUUUCGGGAUCGAAAAACCCAUAGAUACUUCGUCCUUCUCGCAUCCUCCAAGCAUGGAGUUCCUAAAUCUAGUUGUAGCAAUGAUAGUCUGGUCAGUGCGAUAUCCUGCUGUUUUCUGGAGUACGACAAAAUCGUUUGCAACUGUUUUUAGUAUUCAAAUGGUUGCAAAUACUGUGGAUAUUAUCCUUAGCUAUGUGGGAGUUUCAACGCUCUACAAACUGCAGAUUGUUGGAAAUGUCCUGCCUACGCAUACGCCAGGACUGCUUCUAAACGCAGUCGUGACUCUUUCGUUGUUUCUUUUGUCCACGAUACUGAUCAUCGCUUCAUCCUUGAUAUUGUAUUUGUACGGACACGGUAGGCUUGCAGCAAGGAUGCGAGAUCGUUGCAUGAUCACAGUGAAAAAUAGUGAAACUUGGAUCUAUUUCGCCCACUGUGCUUCCCUCUGCCUAGUAUUAGCUCUGGCAGUAGUCAAGGCUCCUCUAAUGCAUGACCUGAGCGCUGCAUACAGAGGAAGCUUGGACAACUCAAUACUUUGCUCAGCUCUUGGAUCAGUCAUACACCUAUUUCUAUGGAUCGUGAUUUGGCUUGGACUAACAGCUAAACGUCGUUGGUCCUUCAAACUGCCACCCCUUGUCCAGUAUGGAACCGGAUCAGGUGCAACUCAACCGUUGCUGAUUUCAACACGGGACGGUGGUCAUAGUGACUCGAAAGGACUUAGUACAACAUCAAGUACUGAUGGUGUUGAGGAUACAAUUUAUUGGCCGAAAAUGACACCGAAUUCACCGAAAUUAAAGGUUACAUUCAACGAAGUAACGAGUACGUCCGAAGAUGUCCUAAUAAUCGGCGAACAUGAUGGCAAGCGCUGUACGACCGGUGGAACCACGAUAUGUAUUACCAGUGUUACGGGGGAGGCUGAUGACGGAGACUAUGCUACCCUAAGAGCUGGAGUAAUCCAAGGCGGUGGCUGUCCGCUAAACGGAGUGGAUGGAACAACAAAUGGUAUCAUUGGUGGUGGUCCUAGUGGUGGAAGCAUAUUGCAUUUAAGUGAAUACGAUGAACUCCCACCGCCACCGGAGCAACUACUCCCGCUACCCUCGUGUAACACAGUUAAUGGAAUAGAUUUUGUUGAUGAUAACACCUCGGAGGAAGGUAAGCUGCUGGCGUGUGUACGCGAUGAUAGUGUUACGUAUGCAUCAACAAGAGACCUUGAACCUCCGCAACCACCUCCACCACCCACGGUUCAAUCGCCCAUUGUAGCACCACAACAACACAUCGAGGUGAUGCAUCUGGGAUCACCGGUUGAUUUGGUUAGUCCAUUGGCUCCGGUUACGGUCACCGUUCAUACAAAUGAGGCACAUAUAGCUUCAAGCUCAACACCACGUUGCUUACGUCGUGCCGAUUCAGGUGUCCCAAAUGAAGCCUUAACACCACGUAGCGAUACAACUUCAACAACAGAGAGUACAACAUCUCCGCCUGAACGAGCACCCUCCGAAUCAUCGAGUGGCGUUCAUUCAGGCGAAGAACGCGAGGAAGUUGUUAUCCGUCCACGUGUUGUUGCCAAAGCUACACCAAAACCGCCACCGCCUGUUAUCCAGGAGGAACCAUUUAGUCGUUCCACCAACAUGAAAAUGUCUAGCUUCAAUAUUGACACCAAAUCCAGUGCCACUUUGCCUCUAACACGAAACACGCCUGAGCCAAGGAUCGACUAUUCACAUUGUAGUACUAUGCCGCUACCCCUGGGAUGCCAUCAAGCUCAAUAUAAACCGCAAAUCUACACUCCAACGGCAUCCACAAAACAACUGAUGCAUACCACCCUCCCGAAUGGAGUUCGCUACUCCAACCCUCAUUUACUCAGACGAAUACCACACAUAGCAAAGGCUGAAUCACCCUACGGUCAUUUAGGUUUGGGUGCAGGACAUCAUACAUUCUCGAAGCUACUUCAGGAUCCACUACAUAGUCUGGCGGCCACUUCUAUUCCUGAGGACCGUGAUUCCGCGAAUUUCUCCAUGUCAUCGGAAACAGAACGGGAGUGUCUCUACGCUAAUGCUCAGCAUAUAAACUAAAGGAAAGGAAGUAAAAAAAGUUAUGAAAAAAUUUAUCUAAAUUUCCGCAGUCUGCAAAUACUCACGCACAAACGACGUACCCAUACAAAUUAGGUUUGUUCUAAGUUACAGUGACCUUCCUAGGAUUAACUAUUAACACAAAACCCUAAAAAGGAUAUCUAAUCUAUGAGUACAGAUAACAAUCUAAGUUAAAUUUAGUUGAAAUUUCCUAUUUUUUAGUUUUUUGUACAAAAUGUUUUCUCGAAUUAGCUAAAAGGAAAUAUAGAGUUAGACUUUUAGGUUUUCUAAGCUUAGGGACAUAAUUUAAGCUUAAGCCUUUAUAUCAAUUGCGACAAAUCUCAAAAGGAUAUUUAAAAAAAAACUAAAAAAAUACUAAAAACGAAAGAAAAAGGCUUGAAUAGUUUUUGAAACUGUACAAAGGAUUCAUCGCGUCGUUUCCUAAUUUCUAUGAGAUUUAAUUAGGUAUUGAUAUAAUUUCUGUUUUUAUACAAAUACUUGCAUAUAUAUUCCAAUAUUUAUAACAAUUUAUUAUAAAAUUAUAUAAUUAUUUCGCUUUGUUAAGUUUACACACAUGUAGAUGGUAAGAGUGUGAAUUUUCUAUUAAACAAAUGAAAACAAUAGUUGAAUAGCUGGAAAGGUCGUGAACAGAAAAAAGAGCUCCACCGUAUGGUCCAAAUGUAGUUUCAGUGUCUACGAUAUAUGAAUUUGUACAAUAAUAAAAACAAAUGCAUAAAUAAUAUCACAACAUACACAUCCUUGUUUCCUUCAUUCAUUUUUUUUUUGAUUUUACAUCACACUCCAUUCAUUAAAUUUAACUUCUUCCAUUUUUAACAGUACGCAAAAAUGUGAAGAAAUUUCCAUGGAGGAGACUAGGUAAGUUACAUAAAAAAAUAAAAAAAGUUAUUUGAAAUAUCCUUUAAAAAUUUUCAUUGUGGAACCCUCCAGCGUGUUCUAAUCUUAGUUUUCCUUAAACGUUAACAAGAGUUCUAUUGAAAGGUUUCAUCCAAUAGUCCUGAGAGUGUCCGUCUUGAGCUUGCGGUCAGCCAUCUGAACACCAGACUAGACGGACCACAGCCAGCUCACUGAAAACCCGAAGGACUCCCGCUCCCAGAACACAAGAAAACUUGGCAUUAUAUCUUCAAAUGUAUCUUCACUUUGUUUUUUUACAUAGUCUCCUUGUAAGUCCAUAGACAUUAGUGAUGCUCCUAUCCCUUCAGCUCAUCUUAAAAGUUCUUGGCGGGUUUUUUUUCAAAAAAUAACUUCUCCUGUAUUUUCACAAUUCCCGAGGAAACCGUAAAUCAAUUAAGUUCCCCGGGCUCACACUCUUGCCCAACGCUUGGUUUAGGUUCCUAGUCUCCAUUACAACCCUUGAGCAGUGAAGCAUCACAUGGUCUGGAUCCUCCGGUAUACCACCGGAUCUAGGAUAAUCCGGUGCAAAUACUGC